AUGUCUUCCUUCGCCCUUCUCCGAGUGACCCGCGGUGUCUCGACUCUCGCCCGCGCCAGCCUGCGCCAACCUCUCGCUUCCCGAGUUGUCGUCCCCGGUCGCAUUGUCAGCUCCGCGAGCUUCACCACCACCGUCCGCCGCAACGCCGAGCACGAGGAGACCUUUGAGGACUUCAAUGCGAGGUUCGAGAAGGAAUUCGAGCAGGUUCAGGAUGUUUUCGAGCUCCAGCGCAACCUCAACAAUGCCUUCGCCUACGAUCUCGUCCCUGCUCCUUCCGUGAUCGUCGCUGCGUUAAACGCCGCGAGGAGGGUCAACGACUUCGCCACUGCCGUCCGCGUCUUUGAAGCUAUCAAGGCCAAGGUCGAGACCCCCGAGCAAUACAAGCAGUACCUUGACGAGCUUAAGUCCCUCCGCGAGGAGUUCGGCAUCGAGCUCAAGGAGGACCUCUACCCUGAGGAGAAGAAAUAG